AACAUUUUUGACAUGGCAGAAGCAAACUCGCCUGGAGGUACUAGUAUCAGUGUUCCAUGCUUCAUCUCACAACUCACUGCUGAUUUGGCUUGUUCCUCGCAAAUGCGUCCCGCCACCCCUAUCGAAGGUGUCACCGCCUCGCCCAAAGCUUACGCCCCGCUGGAUCUACAGGAGUCUGCUUCAGAGCAAGCCUUGCCACCCCCUGGCCCAAAUACUCGUCAAAAGCGCCUUCGUUGGUUUGUCGUCUUUGCAGUUGUUUGUGGGCUUGUCUGUGUCGCCGUCGGGGCUGUCGCGGUCACGAUUGUACAGGCAACUGACAAUGGCCACAAGGCGAUUAUAACCAACCUCCAACUCAGCGCGGGACUCAAGUUCACUUUGCACUUCAAGCGCGCGAGUUUGAAGGUGUACGGGCUAGACGAAGCCACGAUCUUUGUGGCCCCCCGACAUCAAGUACAACCAGGGGGGGCAGCAUCAAGUUUUCAGUUUGAUGCAAUCAUGACCCUCCAAGCGACCCCCACGCAGUUGGACAUUUACACGCUUGUGGACGACAAGGGGUACUUUUCCCAAUCUAUCAACGGCACCACCAGUGCCGUUCGUUGCCUCGAUCCGUCUUUGUUGCCUUCGUUCUCAUUGAUGGAGUCUAGCGUGACAGAGUCUCGCGUGAUCGACGGGGUGGAGGGCCACACCGAAAUUACAGACAAAUGCGUCGGAGGCACGUUGCUCUCAUUGACAUUUGCAGGGGAAUCGUUUGUGUUUUGCAACUCGGCUGCCAACGAGCUCACGUUUGCGGUGGGCCAAGAUAUGGACAUUUCGAUCGAAUAUCUCGCCGAUCCCUUGCAACUUGACAGUAUUCAAGUGCCCUCAACUGCAAACGAAGUCGCGCUAGAUUGCCCGUCGAUUUCUCGGUCGUCACACCCCGAACCUUUUUGGACUGCCCCACGGACGCAUUUCUUGGGCCGAGCUUUCUUCGACACUCUCAUCACUUCCAACUACAUUCUCUCAAUCGACGAUUUCACAUGUGGAUGCAAAGGCGCGAAAAAGCCGUGUUUGUUUGUCCACGGGUCGGGCGAAGCUACGGCUGGGCCCCCGACGUCGUCGUUUUCGUCGUACUGGGGGGACGUGUCGUCCCCUUGUUGUUCCAGCUCGACCUUUGUUCACUGGGACACGGUAUCUCAAGGCUGGGACGACGCAGCGCUGCAGCACGAGUUUUGCAAAGCCGCCGCGGACGCCGCCACCCAGUCGUCUUCAGGGGUCAUUGGAAGUCUUAUCUUGGUGACCCACUCGAUGGGCAACGUCAUUGCCUCCGGGGCAAUCGCAUCCAACGUGUGUACGUUCUCGAACGACGUGACGUGGGUGUCGCUGGCGUCCCCCCAACAAGGCAGCCAAGCCGUGAACCUCUUGCAACAGCAAUGUCGCGACGGAGGCUGGAGCAAUAUCCUCAAAGUGCCGCUGUCGUGGGCCGGCUACUGUCCUCCCGCUCACGCGUACCUUUCCCUGCGGCAUCAAUCAACCGUGAACCGUGACAAGCAAGCCGCGUUUGUUGCAGGCCAAUGGGCCAGACGCGAGUAUGUGUCGCAUGCAGCUUGUGGCGUGAGUGGCUUUGGUCUGAAGUCGAUCUAUUCGGAGCCGUUGGCCCUUGUGGACAAAAUGGCGAAGCAUGCCAGUGCCAGCGAUGGCCUCGUGGAUUUCAACAGCUGCUCCGUGGGACUGAACACCAACGAUUUUGGAGGGACUUCGAGCCAGCACUAUGUAGGGCCAUUUAACCAUGCCGACUUGUCCUUCCGCACGGGUGAUGGCUGGUGGGGGGACAAUCGCAAACCGCUCAAGUGGUUCCAGUGUCUGUUGUAAACUACAACAGACACGUGUUUAUCGCUAAUUGAAAGCAAACUUGUUCAUGC